UCUAUAGAUCGUAAAAUAUGAGUUGAAAUAAAAUUCCACGGAGCAGCGAACGUGUCGGGCGCGUUCGGUGCUUCGUGCACUUUGUAGGCACUUCUAGCAAAAGUGGAUUGCAGGAAAUUUAAACAUGGCAACGUUGGUAAUGCCAUGUAUAUUGUGAUGUUCAUGAACGACUUUUAAAUAUUUCGCUAUUUAUCAACAAAUCUAAAAUAAUUUAAGGUACCUACACUUCUUAAAUUGAGGCAUCAUAGAGUCAUGCUGCGAACGAUUUUUGGCAAAGCUCUUAGUACAGGCAAUCUCAGCCCCAAGCACAUUGCAGUAAUCACAAGAGCCUCCAGUGAUCAAGCAAAGAAACCGGAAAAAAUAGAAGUAUUUAUCGAUGACAUACCAGUUAAAGUUGAACCUGGAACAACAGUAUUACAAGCUGCUGCUUUGGUUGGAAUAGAAAUCCCCAGGUUCUGUUACCAUGAACGUUUAGCAGUUGCUGGUAAUUGCAGAAUGUGUCUUGUUGAAGUAGAAAAAUCUCCCAAGCCUGUCGCGGCUUGUGCAAUGCCUGUUAUGAAAGGGUGGCGCAUCAAAACAGAUUCUGAAAUGACUAAAAAAGCUAGGGAAGGUAUAAUGGAAUUUUUAUUAUACAAUCAUCCUUUGGACUGUCCUAUUUGUGAUCAAGGGGGAGAGUGUGAUUUACAGGACCAAAGCAUGGCCUUUGGAUCAGACCGUUCUAGAUUUGUAGAUAUUAAUUAUACAGGGAAAAGGGCUGUUGAGGAUAAAGAUAUUGGGCCAUUGAUUAAAACUAUUAUGACUAGGUGCAUUCACUGCACAAGGUGCAUUAGGUUCGCAUCAGAAGUUGCUGGAGUUGAUGAUUUAGGAACUACUGGACGGGGCAAUGAAAUGCAGGUGGGGACCUACGUGGAAAAAAUGUUCCUUUCCGAAUUAUCAGGGAAUAUUAUCGAUUUGUGCCCAGUGGGAGCUUUAACCAGUAAACCGUACAGUUUUACAGCUAGACCAUGGGAAAUCCGUAAAGUAGACUCUAUUGAUGUGCUGGAUGCCGUCGGUUCCAAUAUAGUCGUUUCCACGAGAACAAACGAAGUCAUGCGGAUUAUGCCUAGGCUCAACGAGGAAAUCAAUGAGGAGUGGUUGGCAGAUAAGUCCCGGUUCUGUUAUGACGGGUUGAAACGGCAAAGGUUGGUAACUCCAAUGCUUAAGGACAAUAGAGGGGAAUUGAAGGCUGUCGAUUGGGAAAUAGCACUACUAACAGUAGCAAAACAAAUUAAAAAUACUGGCAGUAGCGUCGGUGCGAUCGCAGGCGCUUUUGCCGACGCCGAAGUUUUGGUGGCGGUGAAAGAUUUGUUGAACCGUUUGGGGUCGGAGGUAUUAUGCACAGAACACAUUUUUCCGAUGGAUGGAUCUGGUACUGAUUUACGAUCCAGUUAUUUGCUAAAUAACAAAAUAGCUGCGGCAGAGGAAGCCGAUUUCGUUCUGUUGGUCGGCACCAACCCGCGCUUGGAAGCCCCAUUAUUAAACUCUAGACUGCGCAAGGGUUACGUCCAUAACGAAUUGGAUAUCGCGUUAAUUGGCCCCAAGGUCGAUUUACGUUACCAAUACACACACCUGGGCGAUAGUCCUAGUAUCCUCCAGCAGGUCGCGACUGGUCAACAUGACGUGAGCAAAAGGCUAAAGUCGGCCAAAAAACCCUUAAUAAUUGUAGGUUCAGAGGUGUUGGAGAGGCCGGACGGGGCCGCCAUAUUGGCGGCGGCGCAAUCGCUAGCCGCCGCAACUUCUGUCGAUUCCAAAGAUUGGAAGGUGUUGAAUGUACUACACAAGAUAGCCAGUCAGGUGGCCGCUUUGGACAUCGGUUACACCCCUGGCGUUGAUAAAAUAAGGACCCUGAAUCCCAAGGUUCUGUUAUUGAUCGGGGCUGACGAUGGCGCCAUAGAAAGGUCCGAACUAACGGGCGACUCGUUUGUAGUCUAUUUAGGCCAUCAUGGUGACCGAGGAGCCGCCAUGGCAGACGCCAUUUUACCCGGCGCCGCGUAUACCGAAAAACAAGCGACUUAUGUAAAUACCGAGGGCAGGGCUCAAGAGACUUUAGUCGCAGUCACGGCCCCCGGACGAGCCAGAGAGGACUGGAAAGUGAUAAGGGCCUUGUCGGAACUCGUCGGCGAGACGUUGCCCUACGAUAAUCUGAGCGAAAUCAGGGAUAGAAUGGAGGAGAUCGCUCCCCAUUUAACACGAUUUGGAACCGUCGAGGACGCGAACUACUUCAAACAGGCGCAAGACUUGUCUAAGAAAGUGAAGGCCCAGUUGAAUAAUUCGCCCUUGGACGUCAAGCUCAAGGAGCUGCAAGACUAUUUUAUGACCGACUCAAUCAGUAGAGCGUCACCCACGAUGGCUAAAUGUGUGCAAGCCGUUCUAAAGCAGAAACAGUCGAAAUAUUAAAUUAUAUUAUCGUCGAAACUUGAUAUUAGGGAAUUAAAUUGAGCCAUAGAUUUAUUAAAAAGUGUAUAAAGA